UCCAGGCUCCUGCCCGCCCCGUCCGGCCGCGGGCACUCGGGACCUGGGGCUGUCAGCGAAUUGAGACCUCCCCCCCAAGAAUGAAGCCUCAGAAGGAUCUGGGCCAGAGGCUGCCCGAGACAGAAAUGCAGCAGGAAGCGAAGGAGGAGGAGCAGGUAUUGAAGGAGGUGAAGGAGGAGGAGGAGGAUCAGGAGGAAGAGGCGGAGGAAGAGAAAGAGAAGCAGGAGGAAGGUGAAGGUAAAGCUGCCGCAGACCCCUGUGUGCCAGGCGAGCAGUGCCCCGAGUGCGGGCAGAGCCUCCCGCCCGGCUGUCAGCCGGGGAAGCAGCAGUGCCCCCAGCCUGGCACCCAGCGCUUCAUCUGCAGCCACUGCGGCCAGAGGCGCUCCGGCCUCCUGCGGUGGCAGCGGGAAGGUACCCAGCUGGGCCCCAAGCUGCGGCUGGAGUACGGUCAGUGUGGCAAGAGCUUUGCCAGCAAGUAUGGUCUCAGCCGGCACCGUCACUUUCACACUGGGGAGAAGCCCUACAGCUGUGGUGUCUGUGGCAAGAGCUUUGCCAGCAGCUCUGUUCUUAGCUGGCACCGGCAAACACAUGCUGGGAAGAAACCGUUCCCCUGCCGUGAGUGUGGCAAGAGCUUCACCACCAGCGCUGCUCUAAUUGAGCACUACCAUGUCCACACCGGGGAGAAGCCUCACACCUGUGAUGUAUGUGGCAAGAGCUUUGCCAGAAGUUACCACCUUAACUGUCACCGUCGCCUCCACACCAGGGAGAAGCCAUAUGGCUGUGGUGUCUGUGGCAAGAGCUUUGCCCACUGGUCUGCUCUCACCUGUCACCGAGCCAUCCACACUGGCCAGAAGCUGCACAGCUGUGGUGUCUGCGGCAAGAGCUUCACCAACCAUUUCAACCUUAACCGUCACUGCCUCAUCCACAUCAGGGAGAAGUUGUUCCACUGUGGUGACUCUGGCAAGAGCUUUGCCCAGAGCUCUGCUCUGAGCUGUCACUAUCAUAGCCACACUGGGGAGAUGGUGAACAGCUGUGGUGAUUGUGGCAAGAGCUUCACCACCACUUACCAUCUAAAGAGGCACCAUCCCAGCGACUCCAGGGGGCCACUGUACAGCUGCAAUGACUGCGGCAAGACCUUUGCCAACAGUUAUGCUCUCAGCCUGCAUCGCCAAACCCAUGCUGUAAAGAAGUUCCCCUGCAGUAGCUGUGGCAAGAGCUUCACCAACAGCUCUGCUCUCCUUAACCACCAGAACAUCCACACUGGGGAGAAGCCACACAACUGCAGUGAGUGUGGCAAGAGCUUUACCAGCGGCUCUGCUCUCAGCCGUCACCAUCGCAUCCACACCGGGGUGAAGCCCUAUGGCUGCGGUGAAUGUGGCAAGAGCUUUGCCAGCAGCUAUGAUCUCAGCCGUCACCAUCGCAUCCACACCGGGGAGAAGCCAUAUCGCUGCGGUGAAUGUGGCAAGAGCUUUACCAGCAGCUAUGCUCUAAGCUGUCACCGUCGCAUCCACACCGGGAAGAAGCCGUACAGCUGCGGUGACUGCGGCAAGAGCUUUACCACCAGCUAUGCUCUGAGCUACCACAGUCGCACACACACCGGGGAGAAGCCCUACAACUGCAGUGACUGUGGCAAGAGUUUUACCAGCAGCUCUGAUCUCAGCCGUCACCGUCGCAUCCACACCGGGGAGAAGCUGUACAGCUGUAGUGAAUGUGGCAAGAGCUUUGCCGGCAGCACUGGGCUCAGGCAGCACCGCCAAAUCCAUGCUGGGAAGAAGUUCCCCUGUGUUGACUGCGGCAAGAGUUUCACCAACAGCACGGCUCUGAUCCAGCAUUGGCACGUCCACACCGGGGAGAAGCCUUACAGCUGCGGUGUCUGUGGCAAGAGCUUCACCUACAGCUCUACUCUCAGAAAUCAUCGUCGCGUCCACACUGGGGAGAAACCUUACAGCUGUGGUGACUGUGGCAAGAGAUUCGCGAGCAGAUCUGCCCUCAGCAGUCACAGUCACAUCCACACUGGGGAGAAGCCCUUCCACUGUGAUAGCUGUGGCAAGAGCUUCACCAGCAGCUCUACUCUCAGAAUUCAUUGUCGCAUCCACACUGGGGAGAAGCCCUACAGCUGUGGUGACUGUGGCAAGAGGUUCACCAACAACUCUGCUCUCAGAAGUCACAGUCACAUCCACACCGGGGAGAAGCCCUUCCUCUGUGGUGACUGUGGCAAGAGCUUUGCCCACAGCUCUUCUCUGAGCUCUCACCGUCUCCUUCACACCGGGGAGAAGCCAUACAGCUGUGGUGACUGUGGCAAGAGCUUCACCACCACUUUACAACUUUAUAUUCACUGCAUCGUCCACACUGGAGAGAAACCUUACAGCUGUGGUGACUGUGGCAAGAGAUUCGCGAGCAGAUCUGCCCUCAGCAGUCACAGUCACAUCCACACUGGGGAGAAGCCCUUCCACUGUGACAGCUGUGGCAAGAGCUUCACCAGCAGCUCUACUCUCAGAAUUCAUCGUCGCAUCCACACUGGGGAGAAGCCCUACAGCUGUGGUGACUGUGGCAAGAGCUUCACAUACAGCUCUGUGUUCAGAAUUCACUGUUGUCUCCACACUGGGGAGAAGCCAUACACCUGCGGUGACUGUGGCAAGGGCUUCACCAGCAGCUCUGUUCUCAGAAGUCACCGUCGCAUCCACACUGGGGAGAAGCCAUACAGCUGCGGUGACUGUGGCAAGAGCUUUACCAACAGGCCUGCUCUCUCAAGUCACCGUCGUCUCCACACUGGGGAGAAGCCCUACAGCUGUGGAGACUGUGGCAAGAGCUUCACGUACAGCUCUGCGUUCAGAAGUCACCGACGCCUCCACACGGGGGAGAAGCCGUUCAGCUGCGGUGACUGUGGCAAGAGCUUCACCUGCAGUUCAACUCUCAGCCGUCACCGUCGCAUCCACACUGGCAAGAAGCCUUUCUGCUGUGGUGACUGUGGCAAGAGCUUCACCAACAACUCUGCUCUCAAGAGUCACCGUCGCCUCCACACCGGGGAGAAGCCAUACAGCUGUGGUGACUGUGGCAAGAAGUUUGCCCACAGCUCUACUCUGAGAUAUCACCGUCGCCACCACACCGGGGAGAAGCUGCACAGCUGUGGUGACUGUGGUAAGAGCUUCACCACCACUUUUGAACUUUACAGUCACUGCAUCACCCACACCAAGGAGAAGCCAUACAGCUGUGGUGACUGUGGUAAGAGCUACACCAAGAGUUCUGCUCUCAGCCGUCACCGUCGCCUCCACACCACAGAGGAGCAGUACCACUGCAAUGAAUGUGGGAAGAGCUUUGCCAGCCGCUUCAAACUUAACCAUCACUGCCUCAUCCACACCGGGGAGAAGCCUUUCCACUGUGGUGACUGUGGCAGGACCUUUACCAGCAGCUCUGCUCUCAGCGAUCACCGUCGCAUCCACACCAGAGAGAACCUGCACAGCUGCAGUGAAUGUGGCAAGAGUUUCACCACAGCUUCCCAGCUAAAAAGGCACUGCGCUAUUCACACCGGGGAGAAGCCCUACAGCUGCAGUGACUGUGGCAAGAGCUUUACCAGGAGCUCUGGUCUGAGCCAUCACCGUCGCAUCCACACCGGGGAGAAACCAUACAGAUGUGAUGACUGCGGCAAGAGCUUUCUGCACAGGUCUACUCUCAGCUGUCACCGCCGCCUCCACACCGGGGAGAAGCCCUACAGCUGUGCUGACUGUGGCAAGAGCUUUACCAGCAGCUCUGAUCUCAGCUGUCACCGUCGCAUCCACACUGGGGAGAAGCCCUACAGAUGUGGCGACUGUGGCAAGAGCUUCACCAGCAGCUCUGCUCUGAGCUAUCACCGUCGCAGCCAUAACAGGGAGAAGCUGUACAAAUGUAGUGACUGUGGCAAUAGCUUUACCAGCAGCUCUGCUCUGAGCUAUCACUGCCUCACCCACACCGGGGAGAAGCUGUACAGCUGUGGUGUCUGUGGCGUGAGCUUCCGGCAGAACAGAGAUCUGAGCAAGCACCUGCGCAGCUGCAGGUACCAGAAGAUGAACAGUGACAGCAAAGCUUCCAAGGGUCCCCUCUCUGAGUGCCACCAGGAGGAGCAGGAGCAGCAGGAAGAGGCAGAGAAUGAGCAGCAGGGUGAAGGUGAGACCCCCAGCAUGGAGCCUCAGAAUGAGCUGAGCCAGAGGCAUCCUGAGACUGCAGUGCAGCAGGAAGAGAAGGAGGAGGAGAAAAAAGAGACAGUGGAGAAGGAGCAGGCAGAAAAGGAGGUGAAGGAGGAGAAGCAGGAGGAGAGUCAGGAGGAAGGGGAAGGGAAGGAGCAGCAGGAGGAAGGUGAAGGUAAAGCUGUUGUGGAUCCCACUGUGCCAGCUGAGCAGUGCCCUGAGUGUGGGCAGAGCCUCCUGCCAGGCUGGCAGCUGAGGAAGCAGCAGUCCCCCCUGCCCGGCACCCAGGGCUUCAUCUGCACCCACUGUGGCCAGCAGCAGUUCAACCUCCUUUCUCAGCAGGAAGGAUGCACCCAGCUGGGCCCCAAGCUGCGCUUGCGCUGUGAUGAGUGUGGCAAGAGCUUUGCCAGCAGCUCAUCUCUCCUUGAGCACUGCAACGUCCAUACCGGUGAGAAGCCAUAUGGCUGCGGUGUCUGUGGCAAGAGCUUUGCCUACAGUACCAGUCUGAAGUAUCACCUCCGCCUCCACACCGGGGAGAUGCCGUACAGCUGCGGUGACUGCGGCAAGAGCUUUGUCCACAGCUCGGCACUCAGACGUCACCGUCGCGUCCACACCGGGGAGAAGCCAUACAGCUGCGGUGACUGUGGCAAGAGCUUUGCCCACAGAUUUGCUCUCACCAAGCACCGCAUUGUCCAUGGCAACGCUCCCAAACCUGCCUUUGUUUAUGGAUGCAAUGGGGGACCGGAGCUGAGAGAGGAGGGCGGGGAUCGGAGCUAUCUCGACAGCGCCGAGAGCGGCGCCGAGAUCUCGUCCUUGCAGCUUCCGGGCUCCAUUGUUGGGCGGCCCCAGGCUCCCGCCCGCCCCGUCCGGCCGCGGGCAGUGGGGACCCGGGACUGCCAGAGGACUGAGACCCCCAAAAUGGAGCCUCAGAAUCAGCUGGGCCACAGCCGACACCAGAUCAAGGAGGAGGCAGAGGAGGAGAAAGUGGAGGAAAAGGAGGACGGAAAUAAAGCAGAGAAGGAAGAGGCAGAGAAGCAGGAGGAGGAUCUGGAGGAAGAGGCGGAGGAAGAGAAAGAGCAGCAGCGGGAAGGUGAAGGUAAAGCUGCCGCGGACCCCUGUGUGCCUGCUGAGUGGUGCCCCGAGUGCGGGCAGAGCCUCCCGCCCAGCUGGCAGCCGGGGAAGCAGCAGUGCCCCCAGCCUGGCACCCAGCGCUUCAUCUGCACCCACUGCGGCCAGAGGCGCUCCGGCCUUCUGCGGUGGCAGCGGGAAGGUACCCAGCUGGGCCCCAAGCUGCGGCCAGUCUGCGGUGAGUGUGGCAAGAGCUUUGCCAGCACGUCUGGUCUCAGCCGACACCGCCAAAUCCAUGCUGAGAAGAAGCAAUUCCCCUGUGUUGACUGUGGCAAGAGCUUCACCAACAGCUGUGCUCUCCUUGAGCACUGGCACGUCCACACCGGGGAGAAGCCAUAUAGCUGUGGUGUGUGUGGAAAGAACUUUGCCAGCAGAUCUGGUCUCAGCCGGCAUCGGCUAACACAUGCUGAGACAAAGCAAUUCCCCUGCCGUGACUGUGGGAAGAGCUUCACCAACAGCACUGCUCUAAUCCAUCACUUGCAUGUCCACACCACGGAGAAGCCCUACAGCUGUGGUGUCUGUGGCAAGAGCUUUGCCCGCUGGUCUGCUCUCAGCUGUCACCGAGCCACCCACACUGGGCAGAAGCCACACAUUUGUGGUGUCUGUGGCAAGAGCUAUGCCAGCAGCUCUGCUUUCAGCCUGCAUCGCCAAACCCAUACUGGGAAGAAGUUUCCCCGUGGUGAAUGCGGUGAGAGCGUUACCAGCAGCUCUGCUAUGAGCCGUCACCAUCGCACCCACACCGGGAAGAAGCUGUACAGCUGCGGUGAAUGCGGCAAAAGCUUUACCAGCAGCUAUGCUCUCAGCUAUCACCGUCGCACCCAUACUGGGGAGAAGCCCUACAGCUGUGGUGACUGCGGCAAGAGCUUCACCAGCAGCUCUGAUCUCAGACGGCACCGUCGGGUCCACACCGGGGAGAAGCUGUACAGAUGCAAUGACUGUGGCAAGAGCUUUACCAGCAGCUCUGGUCUCAGCCAGCACCGCCAAAUCCAUGCUGGGAAGAAGUUCCCCUGCAGUGACUGUGGCAAGAGCUUCACCAACAGCACUGCUCUAAUCCAACACUGGCAUGUCCACACGGGGGAGAAGCCUUUCUGCUGCCGCGACUGUGGCAAGAGCUUUACCAGCAGCUCUGCUCUCAGCUAUCACCGUCGCCUCCACACAAGGAAGAAUCUGUACAGCUGCGGUGACUGUGGCAAAAGCUUCACCAGCAUGUAUCAGCUGAAGUGGCACUGCACCAUCCACACGGGGGAUAAGCCCUACAGCUGCAGUGACUGUGGCAAGAGCUUUACUAGAAGCUUUACUCUGAGCCAUCACCGCUUUAUCCACUCCGGGGAGAAGCCCUACAGGUGCGAUGAUUGUGGCAAGAGCUUUCUCUACAGCUCUACCCUCAGCUAUCACCGUCGCCUCCACACUGGGGAGAAGCCCUACAGCUGCAGUGACUGCGGCAAGAGCUUCACCAGGAGCUUUACUCUGAAUCAGCACCGCCUCAUUCACACUGGGGAGAAACCCUACAGGUGCGAUGACUGUGGCAAGAGCUUCACCAUCAGCUCUACACUCAGCCGUCACCGUCGCCUCCACACCGGGGAGAAGCCUUUCUGCUGUGGUGACUGUGGCAAGAGAUUUACCAGCAGCUCUGGUCUCAGCUAUCACCGUCGCCUCCAUAGAGGGGAAAAGCUGUACAGGUGCAGCGACUGUGGCAAGAGCUUUACCAGCAGUUCUGAUCUGAGCUGUCAUCGUCGGCUUAUUCACACAGGGGAGAAGCCCUACAGAUGUGACGUCUGCGGCAAGACCUUCACCAUCAGCUCUACUCUCACCUCUCACCGUCGCCUCCACACUGGGGAGAAGCCCUACAGCUGCAGUGACUGUGGCAAGAGCUUCACCAGGAGCUUUACUCUGAACCAGCACCGCCUCAUUCACACCGGGGAGAAGCCCUACAGAUGCGAUGACUGCGGCAAGAGCUUCACCAUCAGCUCUACUCUCGUCCGUCACCGUCGCCUCCAUACUGGGGAAAAGCUGUACAACUGCAUUGACUGCAGCAAGAGCUUUACCAGCAGCUCUGAUCUGAGCUGUCACCGUCGCCUCAUUCACACAGGGGAGAAACCAUACAGAUGUGAUGACUGUGGCAAGAGCUUCACCAUCAACUCUGCUCUCAGCUAUCACCGUCGCACCCACACCGGGGAGAAGCCAUAUGGCUGUGGUGAUUGCGGCAAGAGCUUUACCAGCAGCUCUGAUCUCAGCCGUCAUCGUCGCAUCCACACCGGGGAGAGGCCCUACAGCUGCGGUGAAUGCGGCAAAAGCUUUACCAGCAGCUCUGCUCUCAUUUAUCACCGUCGCAUCCACACUGGGGAGAGGCCAUAUGGCUGCAGUGACUGUGGCAAGAGCUUUACCAGCAGCUCUGAUCUCAGCCGUCAUCGUCGCAUCCACACCAGAGAGAACCCGUACAUAUGUGGCAUCUGUGGCGUGAGCUUCCGGCAGAGGAGAGAUCUGAGCAAGCACCUGCACAGCUGCAGGUACCAGAAGAUGAACAGUGACAGCAAAGCUUCUAGAGGUCCCCUCUCUGAGUGCCACCAGAAGGAGCAGAAGCAGCAGGAAGAGGCAGAGCAUGAGCAGCAGGGUCAAGGUGAGACCCACAGCAUAGACCCUCAGAAGAAGACGGGCCAGAGCCACCCCAAGACAGAAAUGCAGCAGAAACAGGAGGAGGAGGAGAAAGAAGAUCAGAAGGAACUGAAGAAAGAGGAGGACGAAGAGGAGAAGCAGAAGGAGGAUCAGGAGGAAGGGUUGGUGGAAGUGAAAGUGCAGCAGGAGGAAAGUGAAGAUGAAGCUGUUGCGGAGCCAUCUAUGCCAGCCUUGCAGUGCCCUGAGUGCAGGCAGAGCCUCCCACCUGGCUGGCAGAUGGGGAAGCAGCUCUGCCCCCAGCCUGGCAGCAAGGGAUUCAUCUGCACCCACUGUGGCCAGCAGCAAUUCAACCUCCCCUGGCAGCAGCAGGGAGGCACUCACCCGGGUACCAAGCUGCAGUUUAGCUGUGAUGAAUGUGGCAAAAGCUUUGCCAGCAGUGCUGGUCUCAGCCAGCACUGCCAAAUCCAUGCUGGGAAGAAGAAGUUCCCCUGCAGUGACUGCAGUAAGAGCUUCACCAGCAGCACUGCUCUAAUCCAGCACUGGCAUGUCCACACUGGGGAGAAGCCUUACAGCUGUGGUGUGUGUGGCAAAAGCUUCACCUGCAACUCUACUCUCAAAGUUCACCAUCGCAUCCACACUGGGGAGAAGCCAUACAGCUGCAGUGACUGUGGCAAGAGCUUUAGCAGGAACUCUGCUCUCAGAAGUCACAGUCGCCUCCACACUGGGGAGAAGCCAUACAGCUGCCGAGAGUGUGGUAAGAGCUUUGCCCAUAGCUCUACUCUGAGAUAUCACCAUCGCCUCCACAUUGGCAAGAAGCCAUACAGCUGCGGUGACUGUGGGAAGUGCUUUACCCACAGCUCUACUCUAAGGUAUCACCGUCGCCUCCACAUGGGCACGAAGCCAUACAGCUGUGGUGACUGUGGCAAGAGCUUCACCAGCAGCUCUGCUCUCAGAACUCACAGUCGUCUCCACACCGGCGAGAAGCCAUACAGCUGUGGUGACUGCGGCAAGAGUUUUAUCAGGAGCUCUGAUCUCAGCCGUCACCAUCAAAUCCACACCGGGGAGAAGCCAUAUGGCUGUAGUGAUUGUGGCAAGAGCUUUAACAGAAGCUCUGAUCUCAACCGUCACCGUCGCAUCCACACUGGGAAGAAGCUGUACAGCUGUGGUGACUGCGGCAAGAGCUUUACCAGCAACUCUGAUCUCAGCCGCCACUGUCGCAUCCACACUGGGGAGAGGCCCUACAGCUGUGGUGACUGCGGCAAAAGUUUUUCCAGCAGUUCUGCUCUCAGCUACCACCGUCGCUUCCACAACAAGGAGAAGCUGUAUGACUGCUGUGAAUGUGGCAAGAGCUUUACCACCAGCUCUGAUCUCAGCCGUCACCGUCGCAUCCACACUGGGAAGAAGCUGCACUGUUGUGAUGACUGCGGCAAGAGCUUUGCCAGCAGCUCUGAUCUCAGCCGUCACCGACGCAUCCACACCGGGGAGAAGCCGUACAACUGUGGUGACUGUGGCAAGAACUUUAUCAGCAGCUCUGCUCUCAGCUAUCACCGUCGCAUCCACAUUGGGAAGAAGCUGUACAGAUGUGGUGACUGCAACAAGAGCUUUGCCAGCAGCUCUGGUCUCCGGCAGCACCGCCAAAUCCAUGCUAAGAACAGUAAGUUCCCAUGCCGUGACUGUGGCAAGACCUUUACCACCGGCUCUGAUCUCAGCCGUCACCGUCGUAUCCACACUGGGAAGAAGCUGCACAUCUGUGGUGACUGCGGUAAGAGCUUUGGCAGCAGCUCUGAUCUCAGCCGUCACCGUCGCAUCCAUACUGGGGAGAAGCCGUACAGCUGUGGCGACUGUGGCAAGAACUUUAUCAGCAGCUCUGCUCUCAGCUAUCACCGUCGCAUCCACAUUGGGAAGAAGCUGUACAGAUGUGGUGACUGCAACAAGGGCUUUGCCAGCAGCUCUGGUCUCAGGCAGCACCGCCAAAUCCAUGCUGAGAAUAAGUUCCUGUGCAGUGAAUGCGACAAGAGCUUUACCAGCAGCUCAGAUCUCAGUUGUCACCACUGCAUCCACGCCGGGGAGAAGCUGUACAGCUGCGGUGUCUGUGGCGUGAGCUUCCAACAGAACAGAGAUCUGAGCAAGCACCUGCACAGCUGCAGGUACCAGAAGAUGAACAGUGAGAGCAAAGCUUCCAGAGGUCACCUCUUCCAGUGUCACCAGGAGGAAGUUAAGCAGGAGGAGCAGGAGGAAGAGGAAGAGGCAGAGGAGGAGAAUGAGCAUUGGGAUCAAGGUGAGACCCCCAGCAUGGAGCCUCAGAAGGAGAUGGAGCAGAGAAAAUUUGACACUGAAAUAAAGCAAGAAGAGAGGGAGGAGAAAAAAUAGGAAGUGGAGAAGGAGGAGGAGCAGGCAGAAAUAGAGGUGGAAGAGAAAAAGCAGGAGGAAGAGAAGGAGGAAGAGAAAGAGCUGCAGGAGGAAGGUGAAGGUAAAGCUGCCGCGGAGCCCUCUGCCAGACGAGCAGUGCCUCGAGGGCGGGCAGAGCAUCCCACACGGCUGGCAGCCACAGGAGCAGCAGUGCCCCCAGCCUGGCAUCCAGCGCUUCAUCUGCGCCCACUGCAGCCAGAGGCAAUCCGUCCUCCUGCGGUGGCAGUGAGAGGGCACCCAGCUGGGCCCUAAGCUGUGGUUGUUCAGUGAGUGUGGCAAGAGCUUUGCCAGCAGGUCUGUUCUCCACUAGCACCGUCAAACAUCUGCUGAGACAAAGCAGUUCCCCUCUGCUGAAUGUGGCAAGAGGUUUGCCAUAAGCACUGCUGUAACCAGUCUCUUACAUGUCCACACCAUGGAGAAGCCACACAGCUUGUCUGUGGCAAGAGCUUCACCGCCAGUUCUGCUCUCUGCUGUCACAGUCACAUUCACGUGUGGAGAAGCCGUACAGCUGUGGUGACUGUGGCAAGAGCUCUGCCAGGAGCUCUGGUCUCAGCUAUCAUCGUCCUAUCUACACAAUGGAUUAGCCGUACAGCUGUGGUGACUGUGGCAAGACCUUUACCAAGAGCUCUGCUCUCACUGCCUCCUCCACACCAGGGAGAAACUGUAGAGCUGCAGAGACUAUGGCAAGAGCAUAGCCAGGAGCUUUACCCUGAGCUGUCCACACGGGGAAGCAGCUGGACAGUGGCAAGAGCUUCCAUUACAAGUGCAAUGUGACUGAGUGCCUAAACAGACUCAGCUGGGUGCCAAGGUGGUGUCCAUAAGCCCUGUUUGAUGAUGUCACCAUUGUCACCAACACCAAUCCUCACCAAUACUGUCUUGGUACACUCAGGGAUAAAGCAACUGUUCCAUGUGGCUGCAAGUCAGGGAUUCCAUGGAAAAUGUGCCUGCAGCAGGGAACUAUCCCAAUAAAAGACUUCCCAAGGCU